CUGUGCGCGUGCUCAGCUUGAGCAUCUGGACAGUUGGCCAAACAUUUUGUGGCGGAUUCGAUCAUACGAGACUAAAAAGACUUCAGCCUCUCCUCUAGCCAGGAAACCAACAUCACGCCCUUGCCGUCAGCAGCAUGGACUAUUGCACACCUCAGCCGUCGCGCCGGCACAAUCCCGUGGACAGCAUCUGCCGCAAACUGCAGACGAUUCAGUGGCGCGGUGACCGAGAGCCCAAUUCGCCCUUCCAGAUUCCCAAACUGUCCUCCAACAGUUACGACAGCCCUCAGUGUGGCCUCAGGCACAACUUGGAAGCCAUCCUGAAGAAAGGGACCCUCCAUAGAGACGACAGGGAGAAGGAGAACGCGAGAGAGAUGGGGAUGCCGAGCAGAGCAGCUUCCCAGCAUUCCUCUGUCCUUCUGACCACACCUUCCACUCCUACAUGCAACCGCUCCACACCAGCUAAUGUCACUUACACUAUCACUAGUACUUUGGGGGAGCGGCGAUGUGCUGAUGGAAGUGAUUUAACACAAGUUAAAACGUGGCAGGGGUAUUGUUCGACCCCCAUGGGCCAGUCCAAGGACUCCCCUUACUUUACAUUCACACGAGGACCUCAGUCAGCACAGCCUGACAGCGAGAGGCCGAGCAGGAGCCCACCUUUGUCUUGUAACUUCACACAAAGUCGCAGCACCCUCUCCUACAACCUCAACUUCAGUUCUGCAGACAAUACAAACCCCGCUGAGUGUGAGCUACCCUACCCAGCUCUGGUUGUGAAAAGACUGUCUAUGGGAGACGGAGGGCCUUCAGCUGCCUCUGAAAAAGGGAAGGAGAAUAUGGCUGAAAUCAGUCUCAUCUGUGAGGAGAAUCUGCUCGACACCAUCUUCCAUGCUUGUGAUACCCAGCGCAGAGGGAAAGUGUAUGUGUCCCAUAUUGUGGACUAUCUGCGUCACACCACCAGCCGCAGCUCUGAAGAUUGCGGAUUGGAGGAACUUUGCAACAUGCUGGAUCCAGAACACAAAGACGUGUCAAUUGAUCUGGACACAUACCAUGCUGUCAUGAGAGAGUGGAUCGAUGACUGCCGCAACAAUGGUGAAACAUCAGAGCUGGUGUACUGUGUUGCUGACCUCCAGAUGAGCAACCAAAAGCUGCAGGAGGAGGUAAAAAAGCUCAAGCAGGUGGUGGAGAGCAUGGAGGAGAGUAACCAGAAGCUUGCGGAGGAAAACGAGGAGCUACACAAUCAAGCAAAAAUUAACCAGCAGCUGGCACAGAAGGAGAAGAUGUUGAAGGAGGAGGUGGAAGAGAUGAAGGCCACUCUGAGCUGUACGGAGGAAGGCAGAGCUCGUGCCUCCGCACACAGCAAACAUGUGGAGAGAGAAAACCAGAGUCUCAUCGCUAAGAUUGCUUCUCUUCAGGAAGAGAACUUUAAGGUCACUAUGGAGACAGAUGAGCUUCAGAGGAGAAUAACGGAGCUGUGUGACAUUAACGCUGACCUUCAGAUGCAGAUUCACUCUUUUGACACAGUCAUUAGUGAAAAGGAUGCAGUGAUAGUAGAGAAAAGCAGACAGAUAGAUGAGCUGAAGGCAGCAGUGGAGGAAUACUCUUCCAUUACAGAGCUGCUGAGGGUGGACAAGAACAAGCUGGAGAGGCAGAUGCAGAUGAUUCUCCCAGACGUGGCUGGGGCUAGUCUUUCUUUGUCAGUGGCUUAUCGGAUGAACCAGAGCAGCUCGGGAUCCUUGCAAACAGAACUGGCUCUGGCACAGUCACCACUGGAGAAAAGGGACUUCAGAAAAGAAACCGACUCUGUCUUAACUUCAGUUAGAGUUUUGUUAGAUGACCACGCACAGACAGAAGGCGACAGCAGUCUUCAGACAGUGCAGGCCGAGCUGGACGCACGUAGGGCAGACUGGGUCCUCAGCCUGGACCAGCUGGCCCAGUACACUGACUCACUGGAGAAAGAGCUGAUCAAAAUGGCUGGAAACAUGAGGAGGUCCCGCACUGAGAUCCUCCACCUUUCUGUCAGGGUGCAGGAGCAGGAGAACCAGAAGCGGCAGCUGUGUGAGGAGCUCGAGCAGCUAAAGACCCCUCAGGAUAGCAGAGAGGCCUCAUGCCAGACACCUGCACUAGAAGAGGAGGUUGGAGAUGACUUGGACUGGGACGAGGAAUUUGCUAUUCAAGAUUUCCUUAAGAAUGAGCUAGCAGAGAGAAAUUGCCAAGUACAUGACGGGCAAAGAGAAGAGAGGCUCGAGGAAACGGGAGAUAAAAUAACAGACAGAGGUGAAGAGGAGGACGCAGAGGAGAGGUGGACAGUGGUGGAUAGCGGCGGGGAGGGAGACGUGAGGGACACAUCAACUCCGCUGUCUGUUGUCACAGUGGAAGCCCAAUCUGGGCAGGGCACAGUGGGAGAAGGUCGAGGUUCUGCAGCCUGUAGUGAGUCAGAGCCAGAGGUGACCUGUCAACCUUUGCAGGAAGACGCAGUGGUACCACUGAGCUCCCACUCACAAGCUGUCAGCGUUACACAGCCAGAGGCGGAUGCUCUCCCCGAUCUGCCCCACUCAGAAAAUAACACAGGUGCAGAGGCUUGUGAAAAUGGACAGUCUGACUCCUGUGGUCCAGCUGAAACUUUGAGAAACCCACCUGAUCAGAACCAAACUAUAACUCCUGUUAGCACCCCUCCCCCAGCAGCUGAUAUGGUUUCUCCCAACAGCACCUCACCUGGAUCAGACGAGACCAUUACCCAGACUGAGAGCCAGCCAACCAGUGUGGACCACGAAGGACAAGAGAAGGGAGGCAAGGUGGGCUCAACUGCCGGAGACAUGAGCUAUAUUAAGAGCCUAAGCCAGGACCAGUCGGCCAGCAGAUCACCAGCUGAGGACAGCACAAGCCUGCUACCUGUGCUGGUGGAAGAAGAGGAGACUGUGCAGGACGGUGCAGCUGGGGUUCCAAAAGCAGAGCCCAGCACGGCAGGGACAGGCCGGCUCAUCAGCAGCAAGCCAACCACCCUCUCUGACAGCAGUUCUCCUCAGUCGGCAUCAUCUGUCACACACACCAGCCAAUCAGGGAGCGGCAUGGCCAGUACGGUCUCUGGUCCAAGCCAUUCGGAGGAGCUGACUCGCACCGUGGAGGCCGUUAAGGAGCACAAGGUUCAGGAGGACCAAAAUGUAGCCAGCAUGGCCACGGACACAGAAACUGAGAUGUUAGUCAUUCCUGACACUUUCAAAGAUAAGAACAACCUGUCACCUAGUGAUAAGGAGAUUGAGGCAGAGUUCCAGCGUCUGGCACUGGGGUUUAAGUGUGACAUGUUCACUUUGGAGAAGAGGCUCAGGCUAGAGGAGAGGUCACGUGACCUAGCCGAGGAGAACGUCCGCAAAGAAGUGUCCAGCUGUCAGGGCUUACUGCAGGCUCUUAUUCCUCUUUGUGACAAUGACAACCAAUCAAUGGAGAUCAUCCAGAGGCUCCAGAAAAACCUGGAUAUUCUCAUCCAGUCCAUGACUAGGGUGUCCAGUCGCUCUGAGAUGCUAGGAGCGAUUCAUCAGGAGAGUCGUAUUGGAAAGGCUGUGGAGGUAAUGAUUCAGCACGUGGAGAACCUCAGGAGAUUGUACACCAAAGAGCAUGCUGAGCUGCUGGAACUGCGGGAGACGCUCAUGCAGAAUGAGAGGUCGUUUGGAUCACAAACAGAAAAAGAUGACUUCCGUGAAAGAAAGAAACAGUCAUCACAGUACAGCAAGACAUCAGCCCGGCGGAGCAGCAUGAUAACAAUUUCUCGUGCUGGCCCAGGCAACAUGCAUUUUGACACAUCCAAAACACAAGAUGGCUCAGAGGUUGACUCGGAACGACUGACCAGACGGUCCCCAUGGAAUGUGGCAGGGAAGAGCACAGCGCGUCCCCCACUCAAACGUUUUAGUAGCUCUGUGCCCUGGGUCGACACUGAAGAGCCCUCGCUUGUGAUGAAGGGGACAGCCUGCAACAACACAGACUGCCAGUCCGAGGAAGAGCAGAAGGAGGAGACAGUGGUGGAGAGGAGGUCCAGUCUCAGUGAGCUGGGCAGCAAACUCACCUCACUCAUUCUGCCCCUUAAGACGAAUCAGGAUGAGCUCUUUGUAAUGCUGCCUAGCCCUUCAUCCAGCCCUACAUCUACAGAACCAGGAGCGGCCCAGUCUCUGUCCCAUAGUUUAACCAGUUCCCGGACGACAGCAGCAGUAGCCAGAGGUGGCAGGGGUCUUUGGCUUUGGCUAGCCAUGAUGGUGCUCCUAGCGGGUCUCCUGGCACUGCUGGCCAGCCUGGUGAUGCAGCCAGCCGUAGAUGCAGCCCCUGUAGGGACCGGGGACUCCUGGAUGACCAUCCAGCAGCUGCUGUGGCCCUACACAGGGCUCCGGUACAAUGGCCAGCCCCCUGUCUAGUCGAAGUCCCGAGGGUCGAUGGUGCUAGUGCCCAUCAGCCCUCCAGAGAUAUUUAUUGCACUGGGAGAGCAGAGGCUGUUGGGAUGUUUACUGUGCCUGCAAAUUCCUAUAAGACUUGCAUCGACAGCACAGGCCUGGCCUCAGGAAUAGUUAGCCCCAUAGAGGAGUUUAUGCAUCACAUUAUGUUUGCUAAAUAAGAUUAUCUGUGUGUAUGCAUGUGUGAUAGUGCUGCUCAGCUGUUCAGUGAGCUGCUCCACCUGUGGCUUUUUAAACACAUUUUAUGUACUUGAGGAUGCAGGAGAAUACCAGCAUUUUUAAUGGAAUUUUACCUCAUUGGUUGCUGAGGACAGUUUCUAACUUAACUCUUUAAACACUGGUAAUAAAACUCUUAAGUGUUUAUGAAAUCUAUAUUUAUGAGUUUGCUAGUUUUGAGUGGAAAAUGUGAUUAUGAGUUUUAACUUGUAUUUCUGCAUUAUUACAGUUUCAACACCAACAUUUUUUGUUUUUGUUUUUUUUGUAUUUUCCAUCUUCAAGUUUUUGCUGUGGUUGCCACAACUUCAUACACUUUUGUAUGUUCCAAAGGAGAUGCGUGGAUCUUUUCACAAAUAAAGUAGCCAAUUCUACAAUA